AUGCGGGCCUACAUAGCCCGUAAGAACUAUCUUCGCAAGCGUAAGGCUAUAAUUCGCCUGCAGGCUGGUUUGCGAGGAUGGAAAGCGAGAAAAGAAUGCUGCGCUCUGCGUGAACGUUUGUUCAAAGGUCUUGGCGUUCAAACAAAAAGGAACAGACGAUUGAACGCUUACCAUGAGACACUUCUGACUGACGCUCCUGACCAAAAGUGCCCAGCGAUUUUACUCGGGUGCUUAGAUGCAGAGAAUAUGGCCAAGAAAGAAAUUGAGAAAUCGCUGUACGAACCUAUUUCGAAAUCUUCGGAUCUAAAAACGACGACCGAGUAUCUUCCAAUAAAUGCAGAGAAUAUGGCCAAGAAAGAGAUUGAGAAAUCGCUGUACGAACCUAUUUCGAAAUCUUCGGAUUUAAAAACGACGACUGAGUAUCUUCCAAUAAGUUUGAAAAGCAGAAUCCAUAAUAUCGAACCUAUACCCAUCGAGAAAUUUGCCGAGGAUAACAUUAGGGGUCACCUUUUGGAGCCAAGAAGAGAGCCAAUUUUGACUCCUUUUUUGCACAAGGAGAAUGACAUUGAUUUCCGGCUAUCUAUUGAGAUUUUCAAGCUGAUCUUAAAGUAUAUGAAUGACCAGACACUAAACCGACAGCAGUUAGACGACCUCGCUCGUUAUAUCGUUAAGCAGGAUGAUGAAGUCCAUGUCAUAGAGGUACAUCCAUGGAUUACAAAUGAAGAAAUUGCGAACAGGGUGUUAAGACAUAGAGGAAUAGGAAAUCCUAACGGUUGGACAAUUGAGGUAGAGACGGAAAAGAUGCUCUACUGCCCCACGGGGGCGCAUUUUCUUUACGAUGUAAUCUCUGAGAUUGAGCUUGGCAAAGAGGAGAACAAGAGAUCUCUCUUCUAUAACUACCCAACAGAGCGCACUCUACCUCCAGUUAACAAAAAGAAUGUAACAUCGGAGCCACCUACCAGAGUCUUGUAAGU